UGUAAAUAAAUGUGUUGAGGAAUCGGAACUGAAACCAAUCAAAGUUCAAUCAUUUGGGUCGAGUGUGUCGAGAUCUGUUGAAUUAAUUGUAAAAGAAAUAAUACCGAUGAAAAGUAUACACUAGACUUGGAUUUUUUCCACCAAAAAUAACAACAAAAAACCUUGAAGAAAAACUAAAAAAUUGAUUCAUAAUAGUGAUUAUUUCAUUUAAUUUUCCAAGUUAAAAAAUGGCUGUAUUACAUUCAACGAAUUUUGUGAUGGUUUUCAUUCUAGUUACAACACCUGUGUUAUAUGUGAACUGUAACGAUGUCAAACCGAUCAAUUUAACUGAAGUACCAUGGGAAGAAAGAGAACUGCAUGUUCCAAGUUUGCGUAUUCUAGCAAGUGCACUCAGAGCCGGUCUAAGUAAAAACUAUGCAGAUGUGACAGUCGAAAUUCAGGAUUGUCCAGAUCUGACAAAAGCACCAUUUUAUUUGGCCACUGAAGGAUUGACUGGAUCGCAAACAAUCGUUGAUGUUGGCGGCGCUUCGCAUCUUCUGCCAGUCCCAAAUUUCAUAAAAGUCUAUGAUUUCGUUGACAUUGCACAAAAAGCGUUGCCAAAUACAAGAACGGUUUCGAUCGCUGGCGCCGGAGCCGGCCCUUUUAUGGUGAUUAAUCAUAAUUGUGAGGGAAUUUAUAAUUUGCAAAUUGGCAAGGAUAAUGGAAAUGUAACGAUUAAUGGUAAAUCACGUAUUGCACGUGUUCUCGAUGAUGGAUCGUCUGAUCUCGUGGAAAUUCCAUCAAACGAAACUCGGUUUCCAUUUAUGGCUAGCUUGUUUUUGUCAGAGGGUCAAAAAGGACAGGUAGUACAUGUGAAAGCGAAAAAGCGAAUUGGAAAACAAGGGAGCUUUGUUGGCAUCUGUAAGAAUGCCGUUCGUGCGCAGUUCCGUGAUAAGACCGUGGACUAUUUUCAAUUUCAUCUUCGACCACUAGGUAUUGGUGGUGUGUUUGUUAUCAAAAACGGCAGUGCAUUCCAUCAUGUUCAGCCCGAUUUUUCCAAAGAACCGAUUGAAGAUGCAUACAAAUGGUUGAAAUUUUAUAAUAUGUCCAGCCCAUUGAUAGCCGUCGGAACCUUCGUAACCGAUGCAAUGGAUGUUGAUUUGAAUUUGCAGCAUUUCCACAGUUUCUCACAAAGCAAAUGGGGUGGUCACUAUUAUAACGACACAACACCAGACACAAUCGAGUACGAGGCAUACUUCAAUGUUGGUCAUCGCGUUAUUCGCGUUGAUCGUCCUGUUAAUUAACAUAGCUAUCGCACCCACGGCCGUAUUCAGCCAUACGCUUGGGUGAGCUCAGCUCACCCAAAAAUUAUUUGAGCUCACCUAAAAAUGCUCGACUCCCAAAAUUAUUUUAGCUAUAGUUUUCGCUGUAAUUAAGAAUCCUCUGAACAAUUUUGCUCGCUCCGCUCGCAACUAAUUUUUUUUCAUUUGAACAUUACACAAAUUAUAUUUUUAUUACACUUAACCAACAUAACUGAAGCCAAAUAUGAUGAUUAAAGUGUUGUUGGUUUUGUAUUGCCUUAACCCGUACGUAAAAUGAAAAUCAGUACAGGUUAAGGCAAGUUACGUACGGGUUAAGGCAAUACAAAACCAACAACAUGAGUUACGAGUACGGCGAUACAAAUGACAACAGAGAAUGAUGAUUAAAGUAAAAACAUUUUGACCACAUCAAUGCAAAAGUAAUUGGUCAACUAUAUUGAAAAAUGUCCUAAUUUCUCUAAUUAUAGUACGAUUUUCUAACUGAAUACUGAAAAUCUAUAUUUCUGUAGAUACGUAAUUUCUAGCGAAUCGUUUGAGUUAUUUUCCUAUUGAUAAUAACUAAUUUACAAUGGCUGUGGUGUGUAUUGGUUUUUCAAGAAAUUUCUGCAUCAAAUUGACAACAUCAACACAGUGUAAACCGUUGUCUUAAAUUGAUAUGUUAGUUCUGACGUGGCAUAUUAUAAAGUUCAAGCAAUACAAUACCAAUAACAAUUUCAAAUUAUUACAGACACUAAAUUGAAUCUGAUGGGAUUAAGAAUCCUGACGAUUCGCUAGAAAUUACAAAUCACGUGUUUCACCGUGAUAUAGUGUGAAUCUGUGAAUGAAGCGUUUUUGGAAUAAAAGGAAUAAAAUUCCAAAGGGUUGGGAUCUCUAUAAAAUCACAUUUUAUACAUUAUUUGAUUAUUUGUGGCUUUUACUCUAGACAGAAUCGAUUUUCAAAAUUAAUGACAUUUUCAUAAUCAUCAAAUUUUGCUGCGCUCACCCAAAAAUUCUCUCCGCUCAUCCAAGAAAUUUGUGCUGGCUACGGCCGUGAUCGCACCAGUUCAACUACAAUAAACAUUCGGAAAUCUUAAGUCAAAUCUUAAUCGUGCAGAAAACUUGAGCCAUUUUCCGAAAACAAACUACUUAAGAUUUCCGAAUGCUCACUGUAAUACACACGAUUCAUAAAUUUAAAU